CAGUAUUUUGAAGACAUUUUGAAUCCAAUGCACUUAUUAUGGCUCACUGUUUGGCCAGGGCUCCCCUUUUCUCUUAACAUGGUCUAAUACAUUAUCCUUCCAUAGUACAAAUAUCAGACUGGGCCCCUAUCAGACACUUUGUGCCCCCCAUUUCCAUUUGGGGACAGUCCUACAUUAUGGAAAUCUUUUAUUUAUAGACAUAGAGUUUCACAACGUACCUGUUCUAUUAACACUGGGAGAUAUAUUGCAGCAAUAAUGCACAUUUUAAGAUCAUAAUGUCACAUCAAUUAUGUGUUUAUGGAACAGAGCAGCUUCCUUAUCAAAUGUGUAACGUGCCUGGGUUUGAUUUACAUGCCACUCACAAACAAAUGAGAUCUCCUUAUCUUUGAACUGUGAUAUUACUUAACAACAGAAAGGUCAUAACUAGCACUUCCUUGAAAUUGAGAUAUAUAAGGAGCAGGGUAUCCUGUCUCUCAUUUCAUAUGAACCCCAAAGAGUUACAAUGGCGCUGCUAAGAGUCUUAAUCUGGUGCUCCUCUCUAUUAGCGGCGGUGACCGCAUCACACAUGAUGGGGGGGGUCAUGACUUUCCGCCCAAGGGGCAUAAAUCCUGACGGAUCAUUAAAGGUCGACUUCAAAUACAAAGCUGCGUUUAUCGAUGAAUAUAGUCUCAACUUUUACUGGUACUGUCAGUACGGCAACUGCGGCAGCCAAGUACAACACUCCUAUGCAAGGGUAGAUAACAGCACAUACAGGUGGUACCAAUCUGAAGGCCACAUUGUCACACACGUGAGGAAUGACAAGCCGUUUUAUCUCGCGGAUAGCAAUUGCUGCUGGGUGAACGCCAAUAAUAACUACGGCUCGUGGAGUCUUCAGACCGGUGUGGAUUUGGGAACCAGAUCUGACACAACAAAACCGAACAACUCCCCGGUGACUACAAUAAUCCCAGUGAUCAGGGUUCCCAGAAAUUGCCCCAGUUCCUAUAAAUUAAUGGCGCAUGAUCCAGACGGAGACACAGUGCAGUGCAGAUAUGGAUAUCAAUACGGGGAGUGUGGCACUUGUAACUGGCAUUCCCAGUUCCAGUUAGAUCAAAAAAACUGCGUCCUGUCGUUCUCCUCCACCCCCAGCACGGGCACCUACGCCUUUGAGUUGGUCUUGGAAGACUUCCCUAGUACAAACAUUUUCCUCAGAUACAGCGACGGGAGCAUUAGCUACAAGUACAGAAAUAGGGCACGGAAAAGCAGAGAGGCGAAGAAGGACAGUAAAUAUUACUGGUACAGCACCGAGACAUAUCAAACCGAUGCAAUAACUUCCAUUGAAGAAAGCACAAUUAUUGAACUGGAAACUACAGUAACAGUUGACUCUUUAAUAUCAGAAGCUCCAAUGUAUCCAACUUCCCAUCCUGACCUUUCCUCAUGGCACACAGAAGAAAAAACACCAGGUUACCUAGCAACUGAUACAGCAAGACUUGAAUCCCACCAAACCGCAGAAUACACUACAGGGCCUGAGUAUCCUACACAUGACUUUGCUACUUCUGAGCUCCACACGCAGUAUCCUACACAUGACUUUGCUACUUCUGAGCUCCACACACAGUAUCCUACACAUGACUUUGCUACUUCUGAGCCCCACACGCAGUAUCCUACACAUGACUUUGCUACUUCUGAGCCCCACACACAGUAUCCUACACAUGAGGUUUCUACUCCUGAGGACCCCACAGAAGGACAUAUAGCUACCAGUCCAACUGAUCGUUCAGAAUAUUAUACACAUGAGUCCACCACCGGUCACUAUGUCACAGACUUUGCCACUCAAUCGCUUCCUGCAGUAACAACAACAGCAUACACUGAACACUAUGAAACAUCAAUGCCAUCAUGGGACUCCUCUUACUCACCGCAUAUUCCAUAUAUGAAUUCUCUGAGCAAGAUUCCUUUGCAGUUCAUACUGGAAGUUACUAGUCCGGUGUCUUCAUGUGUUUAUGGAGAAUACAGACCAAAGUUUCUCUCUCCGACUCCUAAUCACGGAGAAAUCCUGAGGGCCAUGGCCGGGUCUCCUUUCCAACUGCAUCUUUCUGCACAGACAACAAGGGAAAGAAUUGAAGACUUUAAGAUCAGUGGACCCGCUGGGAUAACCAAAGAGUUCACCUCUAGUACUUCUAUGGUAGUGGAGUGGACACCAGAAGAAGAUGACAUUGGAGACCGCGUUCCCUUUUGCUUUGUGGCUGAAACAUUUAAUGGGUAUCAGUCUGAAUUAAGAUGCAUCAUCGUAGUUGUUGGAUCCAGCAAGCUAGCCUCUCUGACAUGCUCUGAGAAUACCAUGACAUUGAUCAUUGCAAAAUCCCCUGAGAAUGGCCUGUAUGAAAAUAACUGGCGCCUUGAUGACCAACGUUGUCUGGUUACCUCUAACAGCACCCACUAUAUAGCCAGUGUUGGAUACAAUUCUUGCGGGACAAAAACUGAGGAAACAGAGAAGGACAUUGUCUUCAAGAACAAAGUCACCUCUUUUGAUAACCCUGGAGAGGUGAUUACUAGAAAGCACCAACUGGCUAUUCCCUUUAACUGCUCCUUCCCAAAAAAGAACCGGGUGUCUUCAUCAUUCCGUCCCCAGAAGGCAUUCUAUGAGUUCAUGGAGGCCGGGUUUGGAAACUUCACCUACAAGUUUCAGUUCUAUACAGAUGAGCAGUUUAUUGAUAUUCAGACGCAGUAUCCUCUGGAAGUCUUACUGAGGGACCAACUCUUUAUGGAAAUACAGGUCACGUCAACAGUUCCCAAUGUCCAGUUAUUUGUAGAGUCCUGCAGAGCUACCCCUCAUGAUGACCCCAACGACGUUGUGUUUUAUGACAUCUUGAACAAUGGGUGUAUUAUAGAUGAAUCUGUGGUCAUGUAUCCUGGGAGCAGGACAAGAGUUCGGUUUGGAAUGGAGGCCUUUGCGUUCAUUGGAAGCUAUGAAGAAGUUUAUUUGAGCUGCACAGUUAUCCUAUGCAAGCUGGGUGAGCCAGACACCCGCUGUAACAAGGGAUGUAUCAAGCCAUUGGCUACCAUCAAAGAAGGAUAUCGUCAGAGAAGGAACCUUGCUUCUGAAUCCCAGCAGCACUUCAUUUCCCAGGGUCCUUUGCGCAUAAAAAACACAUCUUCGGGCAGUAGAGAUUCAAGUGCAAGCUCUUCUCUCAAUAUGAACACGGUUGUGGUGGCCCUGUCUGGAGUUGUUAUCGUGGCGCUCAUCUCACUAUCGGUACACGUCUACGUGAAGAAAGCCAGGAUGUCCAAGUACGAGAGGCUGCCCACCCAGGACUUCUAAAUCCAGAACUUCCACCCAUAUCCCUGACAAGUUGCAAAAUACAAGAAGCUAAUGAAUAUUCUUUGGUUCCCAUAAAUUCAGUUUAUUAUAGAGCAUACAGGCAUGUGAUUGAACCUAGAAUUUUUAGACAUAUGACAUGUAUGUUUAUGUCACAGUAGUAUAUGUUUAUCAGUGGACCAGCUUUGUGGUACCUCCUUUCUGUUUCCUUUUAUGUUUUGUAAAUAUAGAACAGAAAAUAAGUCAUAAAUGAAAUACUACAGAUAAAAUCAUCCUCUAGCAUGUUGUGGGCAGGUCCUUUGUUACUCUUACGGCCUCAUUUAUUAAACCUUUAGUAAUUUAAUCAGUUGUGCAAUUGGGCAGCCAAAGAAAGAAGGUCACAUCAGACUUGGGGGUCUUAAUAGGAAUCGCCUCUGUGAAGAUGAAAGCUUCUCUUUCUAUUGUUUGCACCAACUAACACAGAGAGCACUUCAUAUAAAGUUGAAGAGAGUUUCCAUGCCCAGGGUGGUUUUAACAGAUAACAUUUCUAUAAAAAAAAAGUAUAUUUUUUUAGCUGCGCUAAUAUCUUUAUGGUCUAAUAUGUAAUAAAGAGCAUUUGGUCAAUAUGAA